AUGGCACGCAUGGUCACAUCUCCUUGUCCAGGAGAUAACGUUACGGUCACGAAGCCAACGGACCUCGUUAACCAGGAAAACCCCCACCACGCGAGCCCCAGUACCAGCCAGAGCGCAUUCGAACACAUCGCGUCUCCAGGACAAUCGACCGAUGUAGCAACCGAAGACUUCGAAAUCGCCUCCGCACUGAAGCUCGUCGCCAUCUCAGUGACUCAGCAGCGCCGCCUCGCCGCAAAAUCCCUCGUCCUCCACCCGACCACCCUAACCCUGGUAGCCCUGGGUUUCGCUUACAGUGUCGGUGCCGUUUCCCGUGACCCAUCUGGCUGGCCCUACAUUUUUGUUAUCUGUACCACCGCGGUAUUGGCCACUCUAGGCAUUGUCAUACGCUUGCUUGGGAGAUAUAACGAUGAAGCAGAGAAGGUUGGAACAAUGAACUGGCUGUACGGAUACGACCCUAGCAAGGAUGUCGGCGGUACCACGACUCAGGAAGACCCCGUCUUCAACUCGGAUAGUGGAGUCACGUUUGUACUUGUUCAUCGAUUCGGAGGUCGCAUUGUCGGCACACUUGUUAUGAGCAUCGUGUACAACGGCAUCGAACCCCACCCGAAAAUCAACGCGAGGUCUCUCCCAAAGGGCGAAAACUACGACGCCUUUAUACGUGCCUGGACAGUCCAACAAGGCUUCCGUGGCUAUGGAGUUGGCGCUGAGCUCCUCAACGAAGCUGUCAUGAUCUGCUAUGAGCAUAAGUGGAAAGGACUCCGGUUCGCAGACUCCCAUGCCAACUCACUUCGCGUCUUUCCCUGCAUCUUGAAUUGUGACAUGGAUCAAGGAUCCGCUAUGUGGAGCUCGUAUCUGCGUAAGCGGGUUGAGGCUCAUCGUCAAUCCCGUGCUGUUCUGGAGGCUCGAAUUGUCGAUAUGUCCCUGCAUGGGAAUGAUAGUAAAACCCCGAUGAUCGAUACACAGACGCGGUUGAUUUGUACCCAGGUGAAACUAGAGGAGUUGAUCCGAAGUUACUUCAACGUGCGCCUUGAAAAGGCAGUUCAAGCUCAGGCUCGAUGGAAGAAAAUCUCGUAA